GACGCAGACGGAAGUGUUCGUGUCAUUGUCCCAUCCUCUGGUCCUCCUCCUCUUCCUCAGCAUCCUCCUCCUCCUCCUCCGUCGCCAUGGUGCAGAUGAUGGAGUCGCAGUGUGAGUAUUUCAUGUAUUUCCCGGCGGUGCCCAUCACGGAUCUGUCUGACCCGGCGCGCUACCGGACGCUGCCCCGCCGGAGCCACCUCUACCUGGGGGAGACCGUCCGCUUCCUCCUGGUGCUGCGCUGCAGGGACGCCGGGGCGACACCGACCGAGCCCGGCCCCGCAGGCGGCCCUGAUGCUGCUGCAGCAGGUUUUGGGUCAGAGUCGGCCAGCAGCCGGGCGUGGAGGGAGCUGGCUGGCUCCCUGUGUGCUGUGGCCAGCGUCAGUCCAGGCGAGAGCAGCCGCCACCGGGGCAACCACCACCAGCAUCACCCCGACUACCAGAGCAGCGGGGACGAGGCCAACGAGGACGGCGAGGAUGACUACAUCGCAGCCGCCGAGGCAGCCAUCGCGGCGCUGGGCAGCAGGGUGGACUCCCGGUGUCGGAACUUCAGGGACUGCAAGCCGCUGCUCAUCCACAACUCGUCUGGAACGGCGUCCAGGGAGUUCCGCAGGGCACCUGUCCAGUCUCCUCUGGACGAGCCGGUGGUUCUGACGGAUGAAGUGAUCUUUCCUCUCACCGUGUCUCUGGACAAACUUCCUGUCAGCACCCUGAAAGUCAAGGUGAUGGUCACAGUGUGGAAGAGGGAGGCGGAGAAGGUGGAGGUGCAGGAACUCGGCUACCUGAGCGUCCUGCAGCAGCGAGAGCCGACACACACCUUCAGACACGACCUGAACACCUUCAAGGCUCAGGUGAGCACCACCCUGACCGUCCUACCGCCCCCAACCGUGCGCUGUAAGCAGAUGACUGUUUCUGGGAGACAACUUGCUGUCCUUAAAGUGCUGAAUGAGUCGUCUCAGGAGGAGGUGAGCAUUCGAGAUGUUCGGAUUUUACCGAACCUCAACGCCUCCUACCUUCCCAUGAUGCCCGACGGCUCCGUGCUGCUGGUGGACAACGUGUGCCACCAGUCCGGUGAGGUCGGCAUGGCGUCUUUCUGCCGGGUGGACAGCUUGGCUUGUCGCCUUCCCAGCAUGCUCAGCUCUUUGGAGGAGCACGACUUCUUGUUCCAGCUGCACCUCAACGACAUGCCGCAGGACGACUCCAACGAGGGGCUGGAGGUUCCUCUGGUCGCUGUGCUGCAGUGGUCCACUCCCAAGAUGCCUUUCACCAACUGCAUCUACACCCACUACAGGCUGCCCAGCAUCCGUCUGGACCGGCCACGGUUCGUCAUGACGGCGAGCUGUCCAAGCACCGUCAGGGUGAAGGAGCACUUCAAGGUCAAAUACGUCCUGCUCAACAACCUGCAGGACUUCCUGGCCGUCCGACUUGUCUGGACUCCAGACGGUCGUGGUCAGGGUGAGGAUGCAGCGCUGGCAGCCGUCGUCUGUCACACUCCUCUCAGUAACCUCGGUCACUGUCGCAAAGGAAGCACUCUGUCGUUCAGUGUCGCCUUCCAGAUCCUCAAACCAGGACUCUACGAGCUGAGUCAACACAUGAAGCUGAAGCUCCAGUUCACAGCUUCAGUCUCAAACCCUCCGCCUGACGCUCGGCCGCUGUCACGUAAAAACAGCCCGUCCAGCCCGGCAGUUCGAGACCUGCUGGACCGACACCAGGCUAGUCUGGGUCGAUCUCAGUCCUUCUCCCACCAGCAGCCGUCUCGAUCGCACAUCAUGAGGACGGGCAGCGCCAUGGAGCGCCGGGCCAUCACGCCGCCCGUCGGCUCGCCGGUCGGCCGGCCGCUCUACCUGCCGCCGCAGGACAAGACGCUGCUGUCGCUGGACAAGAUCGCCAAGAGGGAGUGCAAAGUCCUGGUGGUGGAUCCCGCCAGCUAGAAGGCGAAGAGGCUUUUAUUGGGAAGGAGACUUAACCUCAAAGAAAGCUGCAGGAAACACCGACAGGUUUGAUGGAACUUUGAUGAGGAGAAGAGCUGCCGUGAUCAAACUCCACACGAAAUAUUUAAUGUAUUAUCACAUCUACAGACACAGCUUUUAUGGAUCAUGUGUUUUCCUGCUCAUUUGAACAAAAUUUAGAAAAAAAAUCAGGAAAUUUCCAAGAACUUCUUGCACAAUUUAGUACUAAUUAUUAGAGAAACGGUGAAAGCAGAGCUACGGUUUUGCAAAUAAUUUUUAAUCUAAAAAAUGUGUCUUUGUUUUCCACUGCCGAUCAGGAAGCAGAAACAACAGUGAAAUAUUUACUGAAGCACAUCUUUAACCAUCUGUAAAAGAUUUCCCUCUAUAAUUAUCACCACAUUUCACAGGAUUUUAUUUACAGCUUCUAGUGGAAAUGAGCUGGAAAAAACAAGAGCAGUAAAAUGAAGUGUUAUUUCUUAAUUCUGUAUUCUUUAACAUUGAGAGAAACUUUUGUCUCAUUUUUCAGUGUUAUUCUCUCUCAGUAGUUUUAUUUUGGACAGUUGUGCCUUCAGAUUUUGAGUGAAUGCGACACGACAAACUAAAUAAACUGCAUGCGAGAAUGAUUUUAUUAAAAAGAAUUCACAUGUC